AUGGAAUCAGACGAGGGUAAGCUGAAAGCGUUUAUUCUCGGAGCAACCGGAGAAGUGGGUAAAGCACUGGUGCAUGAAGUUUUGAAUAAUGAAAAUUUCGCCUCGGUGGUGCUUAUUGGACGACGCAAGAUGGAUGUUGCAUCUGUAAAUUCUCAAAAGUUGGAGCAACGCGUGGUGGAUUUUGAUCACCUUCAAUCGCAAAGCAGUGCCUUCUCUAAUUUUGACGUUGGUUUUUGCUGUCUGGGAACGACGCGUGCAAAAGCGGGAGCUGAGGGAUUUGUUAAGGUGGAUCACGAUUAUGUUGUUGAUUCUGCGAAGCAAGCGAAGGAAGGCGGCUGCAAGCACUUCGUGCUGUUGACAGCUGUCGGUGCCAACGAAAACUCCAUGUUCCUGUACAACAAAACUAAAGGCUUGGCGGAAGAACACGUGAAGAAUCUUGGAUUUGAGAGGUUUUCGAUUUUUCGUCCUGGAUUGCUGCUGUGUGAUCGUGUGGAAUCGCGACCGCUUGAAAAAAUCGCUCAGAGAUUCAGCAAAUUAGUGGAUUUUGGGAAAUGGUACAGUGUUCCAGUGGAAUCAGUCGCUAAAGCGAUGGUCAUCAGUGCGCUCAAGCCACAAACGAACCCUGUUGAGAUUUUCAGUCACGCUGAUAUCGUGAAAUUGGCAUCGUCGUAA